GGCUACAUCGGUGUUCUGCGGCGGCGACGAUGAGAAAGUGGUCGGCGCACGGAAUGAAUAUCUCACGAACUCUCCAAAGUUCUCAACGCGCGACACGACGCACUAUACUCGCCGCAGCCGCAACCAGCAGCGGCAGUCAGUUGAAAAGACGUGCACGGUGCGUACCGCACACACAUUGCGCUCUUCGCGUGGAAAGUAAAUAAUCACCGAUUAAUCCAUCGAUCGGGCAACGAUCCGCUUGGACAACAUGCGGUCGAAGAUUGCGCAUCGUUUCUUACUUGCAGUCAGCAUCGUUUUACUCUGCGUUGACUUCGGCCGGUGCAUCAAAUGCGUUGAGAACGGACGAUUCUAUCGCGACCCGGAGCGCGCAAAGGCCAAAACAUGGACGAGCAACGAGUGCGCAAAGUACUUCUUGUGCCUCGAAGGCGAGGUCUUCGAGUUUCGCUGUUCUGUCGGGCUAUUGUUCGACGUCAACAGGCAGAUCUGCGAUUUCAAGGCGAACGUCGAGAAUUGCGACAUCACUGCCGAGGCCACCGUGCCAAAACCACUGCUCACCGCGGCGGAGUGUCCGAAUGAGUUUGAACUAGGUUGUGGUGAUGGUACCUGUUUGCCGGAGCAGUAUUUCUGCGACGGGUCCACGGAUUGCCCCGAUGGCAGCGAUGAGGGACAUUGUCAAAACUUUAAUGAUGAGAAUUUACCACCAGAGUGCGAUCCCUCAAUUUGUGUCCUGCCAGAUUGUUGGUGUGAUCCUGAUGGUACGAAUAUACCUGGUGGUUUACCAGCCGCAGACACGCCACAAAUGGUGCUGCUGACGUUCGACGACGCCAUCAACUUUGACAACUUCGACUUGUACUCCAACUUCCUGUUCAACGCCAAUCGCACCAAUCCGAAUGGUUGUCCGAUCGUCGCUACCUUUUUUGUUAGUCAUCAGUAUAACAAUUAUCAACAAACACAGAAGUUGUGGAAUGAUGGACACGAAAUCGCUGUUCAUUCAAUCACUCAUCGUGGUCCUGAAGAUUGGUGGGCCAAUAAUGCGACAAUUGAAGAUUACUUCGAUGAAAUGGUGGGGCAGGCGAAUAUUUUACAUCGCUUUGCUGGUGUACGCCUGCCUGAAAUCAAGGGAAUGCGCACGCCGUUCUUGAAAGUCGGCUGGAACCGACAAUUUUUAAUGGCGAAAGAGUUUGGUUUCCUGUAUGAUAGUUCCAUUAUUGCUCCGCAUCACGAUCCGCCAUAUUGGCCGUAUACUUUAGACCACGCUUUGCCGCAUGCAUGUGCGCAAUCACAGAAUUGUCCAACACGCGCGCACCCUGGUGUUUGGGAACUGCCACUCAAUCCGCUCAUCGCAAAUGAUUUCAUGUGUAUUAAAUUAGGCACAUGCCCGGCUGAUUUGUCUGGUAAUGAAGUCUAUAAACUACUGCAUCACAACUUCAAGCGGCAUUAUUUGAGCAAUCGGGCGCCAUUUGGGUUGCAUCUGCAUUCGGCGUGGUUCAAGAAGCCGGAAUAUCUACGCGCAUUUUCGACGUUCGUAGAUGAUUUACUCCGGCAACCCGAUGUUUGGUUCGUAACAAAUUCGCAGGCAAUCAAAUGGAUGAGAAACCCGCGUGUGAUGUCAAAAGAACAAGAUAUUUGGGGAUGUGAGAGGAGUCGUUUUGCAAAAAGCGAAGUUGCAUGCGAUGCUCCAAAUGUUUGCAAACUAUAUAGUAGAGUAUUCCAGCAGGAGCGCUAUUUUCAUACAUGCAUGGAAUGUCCGCCGAAAUAUCCAUGGAUACGCAAUGAGUUCGGCACGGAAUAAAAUCCGUUUGUUAUUUUUUUUUAUAUAGAAACAGAAGACUGUUUAAUUUAACAAUCAGCUAAAUUAUGCGUGAAACAUGCAUGAGGCAUUUUUUUUGUUGCAGUGUAAUAAUAGGUAAGUCUAAAAUGUUAGCUUUAGUUCUUGUUUAGGAUGGUUACCAAUAUUUAAACAUUUUCUACGCGUAUUCUCUUGUGUAUCAAAUAUUAUUUUGUACUAAAAAAUGUGUUUUUUAUAUAUUAAAGUUACACAUAUAAAAAAA